CGAAAAACUUCUACUAAAUCAUUUAUUAAGCUGAAUUUUGUCGAGUUACAACAUAAAAUCAAAUAACUUCCCAAAGUCUAAUCAGAUUGUUAAAUUAGCCCAGACAUUUUUUGAAAAUUUAUUUUAUACAAAGAAAAUUUAAGUUGAGUUUAAAGAAAAGAAGUAGGCAAUUGGACUAAUUUAAUAUCAUCUAUACAUAUUAACGGAUCUGAUUUAAAAAGUAAAGUUAAGGCAUCAGAAUGCGUCAAAAAGAUCUACGCCCAGCACCUGCUCUUAUUGAGUAUAAGGGCAUGAAGUUCCUAAUCACCGAUCGACCAUCAGACAUAACAAUUAAUCACUACAUUAUGGAGCUUAAAAAGAACAAUGUUAACACUGUGGUGCGUGUUUGCGAGCCCAGCUACAACACGGAUGAGCUGGAAGCCCAAGGCAUUACUGUGAAGGAUCUAGCUUUUGAUGAUGGCACGUUCCCGCCACAACAGGUCGUUGAUGAGUGGUUCGAGGUCCUGAAGGAUAAAUACCAACAGAAUCCCGAGGCAUGCGUUGCCGUUCAUUGCGUCGCUGGUCUGGGACGUGCCCCUGUUUUGGUUGCACUGGCACUAAUCGAAUUGGGCUUGAAAUAUGAAGCGGCUGUUGAAAUGAUUAGAGAUAAACGACGCGGCGCUAUUAAUGCCAAGCAGCUGUCAUUUUUGGAGAAAUACAAGCCCAAAGCGCGGCUAAAGCACAAAAAUGGCCACAAAAAUUCAUGUUCUGUGCAAUAGAUUUCCAAAACCAUAUGUAUAUUCCCACCAGAUAAAAAGUGUUCAUUUUUUCAAACAAAAAAAAACCACAAAAAAACAUGAAAUAAUUUAUCGAAAUAAAAAAAACUAAAG